CUCGAUACUGAAGACAGAUUCUACGCGGAGGCUUUUGUGACUUCAAGGUCAUGGCAGAGAUAUCUGGGUCUUGAGUAUAUUGAAAUAUCGCACUCCGAAUAAUUGUCAUGUGGCACAAAACCUAGGUCCAGGGUUUCCAGUUGACUACCUCCAACUAUCAUGCUUUUUGCAAAAUGUCGGUGCGAAAGUAAAAAGGAUUCGUUUUGAACAGUAAGAAUAAAUAGGUUGCGUGUCUUUAUUCCAUCUAGGGCAUAUAUUGGAUAAACCCUUUUUAAAAAAAUCACGACCAUCUUUUCACUGAAGAAUUGUGCAACAUAUUUUCUGUCCCGUUUUGUAAUUUGCUAUUCGCCAAAUUUGUGAUAUACGACAUUUUAAUUGAAAUAUAAAUGGAGCAAGCUUUUCAGUGAAACGGUUUUUUGGAGUAUCUCACUUUUACAAGUACUUUUGGAAUGAUCAGCACACUGUGGUUGGCGAAUCAGCAAAUUACCCGUAGGUAGCUUCUGGGCUAUUUUUCUUAUGUAUCAAUACUUGUAAAUAACAGGUACUUUGUGUAUGCACAACAAUCUAUGUGCUAGUUAGCAAUAAGUCGAACUGUUUACAGUUGAUUGAUCACUGGGUGGUAAUCAACGUCAUGUAUGUCAGGUCCCUCUUAGUGCAUAUCGAAUCCUGUCGACCAGUUUAGGUGAAUCGACAUUGCGUGCACUAUGUUGAGAUAGGAUGGUAGUUGGAGGUAGUCAACUGGAAACCCCGGACCUACAUUUUGUGCCACAUGGCACUUGUCAGCAAGAUAUACCUUGAGGGAACUGAUGGAUUCGAUCCCGUGUCACCUAGAUUCACAGUCAGAAACGUUACCACUGAGUUGUCUAAGCCGCGACUAACUUCAGUCUGACUUAUUUGAGAAAAAUACCAUUUUCUACCUUUUAACCCUCAUAAAGUCAUGCUAUUGUUUCUCACUAAGCCAGGCUGUCGGUGAUUGUGUGAUGUAGUAGUUUUUAUUUUACUGACAUCGUAUAGCUGAGUUUUUACACGCAGAUCAACUUCACAAAAGCAACAAAAAGGAUCUAGGAAAGCUUAACUCCCUCGGGAUUUCUUUAAUUAGAGAUUGAUCGUAAAUAAGCACCCCACCACCAGCAAUCACAAGCUACCCAGGUGCACACAAAGUUUUAGGAUAGUCAUCAAUGAGAAAAUGAAGAUCAUUAUUUUUUGAAAGUAAUGGUGGCUAGUUGACACACCAUACUUUGAGUUAACCAAAAGCUUCAAGAGUUCGAAAAAUAUCAAUAAAUUAGCCAGAUGUAUAGUCUUUGGCAGAGAAAUUUUCACUUGGUUAGGUUACAAAGUUGAAUAUACUGAAGUGGCUGGACUACAGGCUACACGUUGUGAUUCGCAACUUACUGAUUCUCACAAAUGUUGGCUAAAUUAGUAGUUUGAAAAAGAAAGAUUAGAAAAGGACGUGACAGUAUUCUUCAAAAUAACUGAGAUUGGGUCUUAAUCUCUUAAUAAAAUUGAAGCUUCUUGGUAGUGUUGCAGAAAAAUUAGAAACUACUGGUUAAGAACUGUGCAAAACAUUCUUUGAAAUUAGUAAAAAUGAUGCUAAUACACUUAUUCUUUUUCUACGCUUAUGUUUAAUGUUCUUGUGGAUUCUACAAUUUUUUACGCAAGUUAAUUCCAUUUGCAAAGUUAAGUAUUUCAACCCAUUUGUUUUAGUCAGAGAAGCUAACCAUCAAUUUUCAUGUUCCUUGUUUUUUAGGAAUCAUCAAAGUGGCCAACUCACAUUAAUAGCAUAUAAAGAUGCUAUUCAAACCUUAAAAAACAAUUUAAUCUGUGAUAGUGACAGUGGUGAUGAAUGGUUUAUUGAUGAGUUUGUUGGAUAUCCGGACGAAUUGGAAAUGGUCUACAGAAAGCCAAUACUACUUGGCAAAUCAAAUACCAGCUGUUUAUUAACAAGUGAAUCUUUAUUGUCGGGUGAAAUUUUAGCAGAGUAUCGUAUAGUUUUCAGCCAUAGUUAUCAAGUGCCUGUUCUUUUAAUGCGUUUCCAGACAAAAAGUGGCCGUUCAUUACAUCAUGACAAACUGUGGAGUGAAAAUUUCCGUUCAUCUGUGUUUCCUCUUUCUGAAGUACCACUAUCCCUACAUGCCCUUAGUGAAAUCGAACAUCCACGCCUCGGAAUUCCGUUUUAUGAGUUCCAUCCUUGUAAAACUGCUGAUCUCAUGAAGGAAGUAUUUUAUUCGCAGCCUACUCAACUUAAUGAUCCGGUGAAAUACAUGAUUAUGUGGUUAAGUUUAAUCGCUUCUCCAUUUGGACUUCAUCUUCCACAAAUAUCGUUACUAACGUAAAACUUUGAGAGAAUCUCUAACACUUGUGGAAAUUUAUGUAUAAUUAAUAAGCUUCUUUUUGCAUUCAUAUUUUGUAAAUUAAUCUGUUUUCAGUUAUUCAAUUAAAAUAUUGCCUUCAUACUGCUUUUGUCAUUAGUUAUUUGGCGAUUGAAUUGGUCUAUAGUGCAAAUUUUUCAUUUCAUUUUAUCUGUUAGCAAAACAAUAACAAUAAUUCCUUUCACUUUUA